GUUCAAUGCGGAACACAAACACGGACGGAGCUUAGUGGGAUUCCUGACAAACUUAACUCAGGCCCGAGGCAAGUUAUAAAGGUGUUUGACCUGUCAGGCCAAAAACACAGUCAUGUGGCCAAAUCAAGGACCUCCACCUCCAGUGGGCCCACCAAACCCUGCCUACCCUCCUGGCUACAACCCUGCAUAUCCUGCUGCACCUUCUCCAGGAGUCUUCCCCCAGCCUCCAAAUCCAGCAUACCCAGCUGGUCAAUACCCAGCUGGUCAAUACCCAGCUAUGGUACCAAAUGCACCUCCAGGAACGAUGCCUUAUGGAGCCCCAGGACCUUAUCCUAAUCCUAUGGCUCCAGGUGGCUAUCCAGUGGUCCCUCCUGCAGGUGUUCAUCCAGGUCCAUACCCACACUCUCCAAAAGGGGGUCACCACAAAGGUCAUCAUCAUGGAGGGAUGAAUCCCAUGACUGGAGCGUUAGCUGGAGGAUUAGCAGGAGUGGGAAUGGGGGUUGUUGGACACAAAGCCCACAAAAAGAUGAAGAAGAAGAUGAAGAAAGCACACAAGGGGCACAAGCAUGGGCACUACAAACAUGGCAAGUCCUCCAGCAGCAGUAGCAGCAGCAGCAGUGACUAAGGCCACCACUUCAAGACACGGCUUUCCGGAAAGAGCAACCAAUCAAAAGUCAUUCUUAUCACAUUAAACAGCAUUACUGGAAAAAUACAUAAUUUCAUCAUAUCUAUUAUGGGCUAUUUAUAACACUAGAAAUGUAUGCAUUGGAUGUGAGUAUCUCCAGAUACUGUCACUAAUUUCUUAUCUCACUUAUGGUGUUGAUGUCAAACAGUGUAAAUACAUACACCUGUGUGCAAACAUAUUGAAAUAUUCUAAAGAAGGGCUAAUUUUUGGAUAUAUAUAUAUAUAUAUAUAUAUAUAUACUCAUUUGUUUUCUAAUUAUAUGUUCUUUGCUGUACAUGACUGCAGAAAAACGUUUGCUUUGUAAUUAUGUAAUUAUACAUAAAGGACCUUCAAUUAAUCCUGCUUAAUAAAUAGAAAUAAAUGAGAAGCCUAA